UAUAAAAAUAAAAACCCAUCCUUCCACAUACCCUGCAAUGCAACCUAAUGAUACUACUGUGUGGCCUAGCCAAUAUUGAUCUAUAAAUAAGCACCGUUACGAGGUAUGUUACAUCCACAGAAUUACUGGUUCUUGAUCAACAGGGUGGCUAGGUUUGAGAGUUGGACAAAACAAAGCCUAACUAAACUAAAUCGUUUUGUUUUGUUCGUGCGAUGUUCUUUCCACGCACAUACGAGUCUCCUUAGGACAUUCAAUCUCUUCUGUAUCCCUGCGAGAAUUACAACCAAUCAGGCUCUCUGCGUGAAUAUGGGUUGUGUUUCUGAACAAUCCCAUAAUAACAAAAUUGGGGUUCUCUUGGUUUGAGAAUUUUCUUUAAUUGCAGGGGUCAUAUACCUCAUUCUUUUUUUACAUCCAUCUAUCUCAUACCAAUUGUGUUGGCACAAUGGAGGGUGAGAAUAAAAAGUACAUCACGCAUGAGGAGCUGAAGGAGCAUAACAAGCCAGGGAAUUUGUGGAUAUCGAUUCAGGGUAAGGUUUACAAUGUGUCAGAUUGGGCUAAGGAUCACCCUGGUGGAGAGGUUCCAAUAUUGAACCUUGCAGGCCAAGAUGUAACAGAUGCAUUCAUAGCCUACCAUCCUGGCACAGCGUGGCAAUAUCUUGACAAAUUUUUCACUGGGUACCAACUAAGGGAUUUCAAGGUCUCUGAGGUGUCCAAGGAUUAUAGGAGGCUUGUGUCUGAGUUUGUGAAAAUGGGUCUUUUUGACAAGAAAGGGCAUGUCACUUUGUACACUUUGACCUCAGUUGUUGUCAUGUUUGUCGUUGUUCUUUAUGGCAUCUUGGGGUGCGAAAGCAUGUGGGCUCAUUUGGGUUCAGCCUCGUUGUUGGGUUUGCUUUGGAUGCAAAGCACUUAUGUGGGUCAUGAUUCUGGUCAUUAUGUGGUUAUGUGUGAUCCGGGUUAUAACAAAUUUGCACAAAUUCUUUGUGGGAAUUGCUUGACCGGGAUAAGCAUUGCGUGGUGGAAGUGGACCCACAAUGCGCAUCAUUUAGCCUGUAAUAGCCUUGACUAUGAUCCUGAUCUGCAACAUAUCCCAGUUUUUGCUGUGUCUUCUCGUUUUUUCAGCUCAAUGAAAUCUUGUUUCUAUGGCAGGAAUUUAAAGUUUGAUUCUUUGUCCAGGUUUUUGAUUAGUUACCAGCACUGGACAUUUUACCCUGUUUUGUGCUUUGCUAGGCUCAACUUGUACCUUCAGACUUUAUUGUUGUUGUUUUCUAGGCGUAGAGUCCCAGAUAGAGCUUUCAACAUUUUAGGAAUACUUGUUUUCUGGACUUGGUUCCCUCUUCUUGUUUCUUGCCUACCAAAUUGGUCAGAAAGGGUCAUGUUUGUGGUCGCUAGUUUUGCUGUUUGUUCCAUCCAACACCUUCAAUUCUGUUUAAACCAUUUUGCUGCUAAUGUGUAUGUUGGGCCACCAAAUGGCAAUGACUGGUUUGAAAAGCAGACAAGUGGGACAUUGGAUAUUUCUUGCUCAUCUUGGAUGGAUUGGUUUUUUGGUGGUUUGCAAUUCCAACUGGAGCACCAUUUGUUCCCAAGGUUGCCAAGGGCACAAUUGAGGAAGAUUUCUCCUUUGGUGAUAGAACUUUGCAAGAAGCAUAAUUUGCCAUAUAGAAGUUUGACAUUUGUAGAGGCCAAUGUAUGGACUCUAAGGACCCUCAAGAAUGCUGCUUUACUGGCUAGGGAGAUGAGUAACCCUUCUUCCCAGAAUUUAUUGUGGGAAGCUUUUAAUACUCAUGGCUGAGCAACAAGAUUUCAUAAGAUCAUCAUGUUUUCCUUUUCCUCCCAUUUCUCUUAGUUUAUGAGCAUCUACUUUUCUUAAUUGGGUAUUAGGUUUAAUAUCUCUCUUUUUAUAAGGUGUGACUGUGUGUAAUAAUGAUGAUCAUGUUAUCCUUUUUUCACCUCUUUUCUUAUUUUGGUUAGACUCUAUUGGCAUUUGGAAUAGAGUUGUUGACUUAUGUUUGUAAAGAUAGAACUUCAUACACCUAAGGGGAAAACAAGAUGGAAAAACACAGUAGAAAAUCGUAUUUAUGUAAUUUGUAAUUCAUCGGUUGUUGGGCAGAUUUUUUUUUCCUUCACUCAAUGUGUUGGUGAAGGGAUGAAAUAAUAAUAAUAAUAAUAAAACUCUUCUAAAAUGAUUUAUUGUUAUCUUCUGUUAUCUUUCUCUCUUUUCCUUUUAUGUGAAAAUAUCGUAGGCCUCUUUUCUAAUAGAAAUUUUGAACAGUUACUAAUAUAACUUGGAGAAGGAGUUACUUAAUAUAAAUUUU